AUGUUAGUGUGUGUGUUGGAGGUCGAUCAGCUGAUUGGACUUCACACGUAGGAGGGUGGAGCCAUGAUGGGCAAGGAUUACAUGUUGGCCAUCAUCAUAGUUAACUAUGACGACAACAUCUGGACUGAUCAGAACCUGCUGCUGGAUCCAGACCUCCCGUCUGGUUGGAGGACUAUCAAAGACUCUACAGGAACAUACUACUGGCACGUUCCCACCGGUGCCACCCAGUGGCAACACCCCCGCCUCAGCAACACACCUCAGCUGCUCCACACACAGCAGGAGGAGACUGGACCGCAGAGCUCCAACACAGAGACAGAUGGACCACCUGAGGAUAGGCCUUCUUGGCACGAAGAUUACCUCACCAACCACGAUCCAGAUGCCAAGUGUUUUGCCGUGCGCUCUCUGGGCUGGUUGGAGGUGGAGGAAGAGGACCUGUCUCCUGGUCGAAGCAGUCUUGCUGUCAGCAACGUCAUCCAGCAGCUGUCUCAGUGCAGCAGCCCCGAGCAGAGAGACAGGCCAGGUGCUUCAGGGGAGGGUCGGGAGAUGAUGCUGGUUCUGAAGAAAGAUACUCUGACCUUAUUGGACCCCUUAGACCACACCCUCCUGCACUGUCAGCCAAUCAUCAAUAUCCGUGUGUGGGGGGUGGGCUGCAACAAUGGCAGGGACAGGGACUUUGCCUUUGUUGCAGGUGACAAGGACAGCUGUGUGCUGAAGUGUCAUGUGUUUCGUUGUAACGCUCCAGCGAAAGCGAUAGCCAAGGCGCUGCACGAGAUGUGCUCUAAGAUCAUGAUGUCAGAGAAGACAGUGAGGCCGUCUCGCUCUCUUACCAUGGAGAGCAUCUCACCUGCAGAUCUGCCCAGACAAGUGGAGUUCCUGGAGGCGGUCCGGCAGCAGGUCCAGAAGUUUGAGGUCCAGUACAUUGGAAACCUGCCGGUGUCCCGAGCCAUGGGUAUGGAGGUGUUAAAUAGAGCCAUAGAGAGCAUCAUGAACUCCACAGACAGAGAUGAGUGGGAGCCAACCGUCAUCCAUGUCACCGACAACAUCCUGUCUCUGUGGAAGGGGGAGGACGGGGAGGAGCCUUUCUGGGAGUGUCAGGUACGUUUCCUCACCUUCCUGGGCGUCGGCCAUGACUGCCACACCUUCGCCGUGAUUGUGGACGGCGGCACACAGCAGUUCGAGUGUCACGUGUUCUGGUGUGAGCCGGAUGCAGGGAUGCUGUCUGAAGCGGUCCAGGCAGCCUGCAUGGUUCAGUAUCAGAAGUGUCUAGUGGCUCAGACUCCUCCCCCUAGAAGCAAGUCAUGGCGUGUGACCCCAUCGAAGGUCAAACGGGCCAACUCCAUGGACAGCGCCGCCUUCACUCCUCUUACAACCCAUUACCCUGGCAACAGUGGCCUGAUGGCGCCGAGGUUCACCAAAGGCAAUGGCAGCAAUGUGAGGAAGGGGAUGAUGGCGUUCUUCGAAACUUUCCGCAACAAACAGACCGCCACCUCCUAAUGACGGGGGCAGGGCCACCAGGGACACGUGUCAGCAGGGACUGCCCAUCCUUUCGGACUCUUACACGUCAAUAAAGACCAGGACAUCGUCUCAGAACAACCACACGGCUCUGGUGGUCCUGAUUGUGCCUCCUUCACAUCACCAGCGACGCCCCGAGACCACAGCCGCCUACUUCCUGUCUGGAACACCUGGGGUUAGCUUAGCGUCACAGUGCUAGCUAAGUGACUGCUGGUUGAGCAACAUAACAGGACCCAACAGCUUUUAAAGAAACAAAACCAGGAACUACUAACCAAGACUGGACCUGCUAAGAAGUCACACGUGAUCCAACAGGAUCCUGAUCACAUGACCAAUGGAUCAGCUGAUCGUUCACCCAAACUUAACGUUAACUGACCGGCAGGUUAUUAUCGUGCUCUACUCAGGACAGCCGGGUCAAAGUUCCAUCAGAGAAGAAGAACAGAGUGUUUAAACAUCUCCGACUCCACAUCAAUCAGCUGAUCACUGUAACGGUCAUGUGACUGUGAUGACUGGAGUCUAAGCCGACCUCAAACUUUCCCUUUGAACUGUCUGAAACAUUGAGCCAACUUUGAGCUAACAAAAAGCUACCUUAUGCAGCUAAUGUUAACUUAAUGGCAGAGCUAUCAUUGAGCUAACAUUGAGCUAUGUAAUGUAUCUAAUGUUAACGUAAUAUCAGAGCUAAUAUUGAGCUAACGUAAGCUAAUGUUAAGCUAACAUUAGCCUAAUGUUGGAGCUAUCGUAGCGAGGAGCAGCAUCUUCCCUGGCUGGAUCAGAGUCAGAUAUUAUCCUGUUAUGUAUUCGCUUCAUGCUUCAUAUUUAGAGAUUUAUUAAAGCUGCACUGACAGAUUCUGACCACCAGGGGGUUGAUAAAAAAACACCUGAUGUGAUGAUUACUGACCUACCUGUCCCUCAAUUAGAUGUUACCAUGGUAACAGCUUUUUCCUCAUGUGGCGUCUGCCGGACUGUGUCUUAAAGAGACAGACCAAUGUGACUCAUACUCAUUUUUGAGAAGCAAAAUAACGUUUUUACAGAAGAGGAUCAGGGCCAGUGAUAUUGUUGUUGUUUUUCAGGUCUGACAUUUAUUUUCUCAGACUUCUGACUCAAAUCUUAAUAUCCUGAGAAAAUAUCAGACCUUAACAUUUAUUAGUGUCUCUGUUCCUCAUCUGUCCGUUUUUUACUUUGUCUUUAAGACUUGUCUCAAAAUGAAGACCCCUCCUACAUGAACGUCUCUAUGGAAGAGGUGGACGAAGUAUAGAUGAUGUUCUAAAUGAACAUCAUGCUGUGUUAAAACAGAAUUAAACUAGGGAUUGAGAUGAAUAAAGAUCAUAAACUCAUUAGUGAUAAGUGAGGAAAUAAAUCAGCUGAUGAGGACAACAGUUUUCUGUUUCCACCAUGUGCUCCGGUUUGGUUCAGGACAGUGUGGCACAGUUUGGUUCUUACUCGUGUUUUCACAGCCAAAUGUACCAAGUGCUCCUCACAGGAAGCAUGUUGGCUGCGUGAUGGCUCUGAGAGGGCUUGAUUGUCAUGCAUGUAUUUUAACAGAACAGACCGUUCACACUGUCAGUGUGAGCAGCGCUUCUCACACACCAAAAAAAAAAGAUAAUCUGAGGGCUGUGUUGGCUCUGUGUCAGCUGUGGGUAUGACACAAGCAUGAAAAUAUAGCAUGACUAGAAUGCUUUCAAAUGAAAUAUGACGGCUGCAGGUAAGCUUUGUUAUUAUUAAAAAAAAGCAAGUUACAGGAAGUAUUUCUUGUGCGAUCUCCCUCUCCCUUUGCAUCCAUCUCUGGGCCCCUCUCUCUGCUCAGCUGGUGUCUGUGUAAAUUCACCAAGACCGUUUCCUGAUAGGACUGACCCUGACUGCUGAUAACACCUGAAAGCAUUCCCUGAUAUGAAUAAAACAGAGUCAUGAUCCAUUAAGGUACAUUAUUUACUGAUCAAAAAACAUCAGGUCAGGAGAGAUAAUCCAGGACAAUCUUUCCUCCCCUCUCUCAAUCAGCUGUUCACAGUGUGUCUAGCUAGGUGCAGAACAGUAGGAAAGUAUAGAUUGGUUAUUUUGGGACCUUUCCAAACUUUUGACAAUAGAAAUGUUAAUCAUAGCGGACUGUGCUGAACCGAACUGAACCGGACCACUUGCUAGAAACUGAUCUAUAGACUUAUAUCAAAUCAGACUGACCUCUGCCCCCUGUUGGACCUUAGAGGGACUGCAGGUUUGCAUCCACGUCCAAUUCAGAUGGAUGCCCAUCAGCCUUGAAGGAGCAGGCGGUUUCUGAUCUCUCUCUUUAACGCAUCCUGAGUCGGUCAGUAAACACGUCACAGACAAAGUGAAUGUUUAUUUUAGUAAAAGAUUAAAACAGUUUGCAUGUCAGGCAUGAACGACAGCAUGGAGGGUCACUGAAGAAACCCUGGAGAUGAUCGGACCGAGCGCAUUAUGUUUCUGAAUGUUUGAUCUGAAAUAUUUCACUCACUAUGACAUGUCUGAUUUAAAGGGACGGUACAGCUGCAUCCUGAUUGGCUGAAGCACCUGUAGAUAGAAGCUUUAGUGUGUUUAAUGUCCGUAGGAGACAUCAGUGAGACGUCUGCAACAGGAAGUGAUGUAAUGGUCGUCACAGCUGUUUCCUUAGUGAACAUCUGCAGCACAAAACAAACCAAUGAUGUCAUGUAGAGAAGAACCAAAAAUGUCAAAUAAACUCAAAUAAAUACUCUGA